AUAGUUCCUUCCGCUUUCGCGAACGGUUCGCUGGUAUCGUCGACUUGGCUUGCGACAAGAUCGCCAUGAACUGACAAACUCAAGAGGGCUUCUUUUAGGAGUUGAGAGCUCUCAUCUUUUAGUUCGUUCCGCUGACCGAAAGUUGGUCGUUCUUCGAGCAAGGCCAGAAGACGCGGUGGUCACUGCUGGAAGUAGUUUACCGUAUCCCUGGUUCUGAGGCAACGCUCCAUUUGUGCUAGUGUCGAGGGAUGGACUCGUCGCAAACGGCACAGGAGCUACAGGUGCAGUCACAGGAAGUGACUAUGGAGGGGGAAACACCCUCGCGGCAGGUUCGAGCGACCGUGGUCCAGGCGGCUACAGUGAUGUACAACACGCCUGCCACGCUGGACAAGGCCGAGCGUCUGCUGGCAGAAGCAGCCCAACUAGGGAGUCAGCUGGUGGUGUUCCCAGAGGCGUUCAUCGGCGGCUACCCCAGGGGCGCCAGCUUUGGUGUGCUGGUGGGGUCCAGGACGGACCGAGGGCGGGACGAGUUCAGGCGGUACCAUGCCUCUGCCAUUGAUGUGCCGGGCCCCGAGGUGGCUCGCUUGGCAGCAGCAGCAGCAAAAUUCGGAGUGUUCGUGGUGAUGGGUGCAAUAGAGCGGGCGGGCGGCACGCUCUACUGUUCCAUACUGUUCAUUGACCCGCGGCAGGGGCUGGUGGGGCGGCACAGGAAGGCAGUGCCGACUGCCCUGGAGCGCGUGAUAUGGGGAUGCGGCGACGGCAGCACGGCUGCCACCGUGGUGGACGCCGAGGGGGUGGGGAGAGUAGGGGCAGCUGUUUGCUGGGAGAACAGAAUGCCCAUGGUGCGCAUGGCACUGUAUGGGAAAGGAGUGGAGCUCUACUGUGCGCCCACUGCCGACUCCAGGGACUCGUGGCAGGCCACCGUGCAGCACAUUGCUCUAGAGGGCGGCUGCUUCGUCCUUUCCGCCAACCAGUUCUGCGUGCGCUCCGACUACCCGCCGCCCCCCGACUUCGUCUUUUCCGCGUCCGGGCGGCUGGAUGCAGACGAGCCACCGCCAUCUGCCGUGGUGUGUCGGGGCGGCAGCGUGAUUGUGUCGCCUCUGGGGCGGGUGCUGGCUGGGCCGAAUUACGAUGGACAAGCACUGCUGACUGCCGACUUGGACAUGGGAGACAUAAUCAGAGCCAAGUUUGACUUUGAUGUUACUGGGCACUAUGCACGGCCGGACAUAUUCUCUCUGCGUGUGAAAGAGGUGUCCACAGCGCCUGUACUGUAUGAUAGUGAUUCAGCAUCGUGCCAUAUGCUUCAUUAUAAGCACCACCACCACCACCAACAGCAACAACAGCAGCAGCAACAGCAGCAGCAGCAGGAAGAGCAAAGGAUGUGAGAUGUAACUGGGGAUUUCGCGACACCAUGCCAAAUACUUCAACCACCAACAGCAAAAGCAACAGCAACAAAAACAGCCAACAGCCAACAGCAGCAGCAGCAGCAGCAGCAGCAGCAGCAGCAGCAGCAGCAGCAGCAGCAGCAGCAACAACAGGAAGAGCAGACGAUGUGAUGCGAGAUGUGCCAAUUGUGGGGAUCCAGGUGCUUUUGCUCUCAGCAGCCGUCCUGCCCUGUGCCUCCUAAAUUUCCCAUGCCACUAACCACCAUAAUUUUACCCUAAGGACGUCCUCUUGAAAAUGUAACCCCUUGAAUGACACCCUCUUCAAGAGGUAAUACCUGUUAAAUUAUAACUUUGAUAUAUAAUUGGUAGGCUUGGUAGGUGUUAUUGAAACCUACUGUAGAGGGUACAACCCCCCUCCUUGUAUCCGUCUCUCUUCUAUUCUCGACUCUCUUUUCU